GCAUUACAUCCCCCCUCCUAUAUACCGCCUCAAACGCCUCCGCCUCGACCGAUCCCAUCUGAUCGACCACCUACACCGUCCCAGAUCAAACAGCCGCCAAGCACAAGCACCACGGGCGUUCCACCGGCCAUGGCGCUCCGGCAGCUCUGCCUCUGCGGCCUGUGCGUGCUCCUCCUCCUGCAGGCCGUCCCGUCGGCCUGCGGCGGGCGCAGCCCCCCGCAGCCGUGCUACAAGACGGUGACGGGCGUGCCGAGCUGGUGCGCGGGGGAGUUCAUCCUGGCGCUCUUCGACGGCGUCAAGAACCACCCCAUCAAGGAGUACUGCUGCGUGCAGCUCGCCUGCGUCGGCGAGCCGACGUGCGCCUCCGUGCUCCGCGGCGUCUGCCCGCCCCCGAAGCAGUAUCUGCCGUGCCCGCCGCACCAAUACACGUAGCCUAUAUACAUAUAUACAUACAAGCGUGCGUGUGUGUGAUGCGAUCUGCAA